GGGGAAGCAGGCAACAGACCAUUGCUCCAUCCCUCGGCUCCGGCUGGCACCAAGUGCCCCCGGCUAUUUGUGUCCCACACACAAAUAAAACCCUUCCCAGGAACGCUUUCCGCGCCAUCCCCCAAGGGGAGGCAGGCAACGGACCAUGUCCCGGGCCCAGGAUUCGACUUCCACAAACGAAACGCUCCCCGCGCUAUCCCCCAAGGGGAAGCAGGCAACAGACCAUGUCUCGGGCUGAGGGGACGACUUUCAAAACCGAGGCGCUUUCCGUGCUAUCUCCCAAGGGGAAGCAGGCAACAGACGAUGUCUCGGGCCGAGGAAACGACCCUCAAACCCUUCGGGAUAUCGGAAGGUCAUUCCCGAAGGGGGAGCCAACGGUUUAUUCCGUUGGCUCCCAUAUAGGCCAAGCCUUCCCUAGAAACCAAGUUUCUAGAUGCCUCUCCUACACCAUCUAAAAAAAAAAAAAAAAAGAAAAAAAAAGAUGCGUAGGGGGGAAGGAACUCCCCGGAUACUAUUCUCCCC